GCCAUGACCCAAGCGCCCCAAGCGCCCCACACAUGCCAUUUCAGGCCAUGACCAAACUCAAGUCCACAGCGUCAUCUCCGAAAAGCUGCAAAUCCAGUUGUUAAAGAGCUUCAACCCCCAAUGUCGAGUGAAUGAAUCACAGAAUAUCACAUACCACCCAUAUUCUUCUCAUUUUCUCAUCAUAAAAGCUCGGGUUCUGCGACAUCCCCUCACACCACCCCACCCAUAAGAACACCAAGCUCACCUACAUCAACUGCGUCGAGAUGUCGCGCCACCAGGCAGUACGCAACCUCGACUAUGAGGAGGCCCUCGACGAAUUCGAGGGCGAUGAUUACGAAGAGGAGGGAGAGGCUGAUCAACUUAGCGCAGAGGAUCGUGAGGCCAUGGCGAUAGGAACUGCGACAGUGCAGAGCACCCUUGGUCCUGAUGCCGACAAAGUGACUGUGCAGCAAAUUCAAGAGUCGCUGUGGCACUACUAUUACGACAUCGAGAAGACGGUGUCUUAUCUACAGAAGAAAUUCAUCGCACCUCCACCAGCGCCCAAGCAGGAGAAGAAAAUCAAAGAUGCGGGCUCCAAGUUCGACGCUGCCGCCAAGAGCGCAAGCAAAAAAGCGGUGGCCAAGUCAACUGGCUCACAAACCCCCAACUCCGAGAUGAAACAACUUCAACUCGACGACUCAGCAGCACCGAAGAACAAAAAGCUGGAUGUUGUGAAGGAGUUCGCAAAGAGCGAGAACAAGAGAAGCGCCAGCUUUGUUGUAGUUGGACACGUGGAUGCUGGCAAGAGCACGUUGAUGGGCAGAUUGCUCUUGGAGUUGAAGUACAUCGAGCAACAUCUGAUUGAUCGUUAUCGACGCCAGGGCGAGAAGAUUGGAAAGGCGUCAUUCGCUCUUGCCUGGGUCAUGGAUCAGCGAGAGGAGGAGCGAGAGCGUGGUGUGACUAUCGACAUCGCCACGAAUAUGUUUGAGACGGAAAAGACACGGUUUACGAUUCUCGACGCCCCUGGUCAUCGGGACUUUGUCCCAAACAUGAUUGCUGGAGCAAGUCAGGCAGACUUUGCUAUUCUCGUCAUCGACGCCAACACCGGAGCUUUCGAGAAGGGCUUGAAGGGCCAGACAAGAGAGCAUGCUCUGCUCCUGAGAAGUCUGGGCGUCCAGCGAGUCAUCGUCGCUGUGAAUAAGCUGGACAUGGUUGGAUGGUCAAAGGAUCGCUUUGAUGAAAUCUCAGAGCAGGUCACCGGCUUCAUGAAAGGCAACGGCUUCAUACUCAAGAACGUCACCUUCGUACCCAUAUCUGGACUCAGCGGUGCCAAUUUGGUGGAGAAGCCAGCCGAUGAGGGUCUGUCAUGGUACACUGGCCCGACACUCAUCGAGGCAUUGGAAGACUCUGAUCCAAUGGCGAGAGCGAUUGAGAAGCCUUUCCGAAUGUCGAUCUCGGAAAUCUACAGAUCGCAGCAAAGUCAACUCACUGUAGCUGGCCGGAUAGAAUCGGGCACAGUACAAAACGGCGAAGCAUUGAUUGUGCAACCAAGCGGAGAGUCUGCCUCAAUACGAUCGAUCGAGGUAGACGCCGACGUACAAGAAUGGGCCGUUGCGGGACAGAACGUCAAUAUCGGCCUUUACGGCAUCGACCCGAUUCACGUACGCGUGGGCGAUAUCAUCAGCACCAAGGCGGCCCCCAUUGAGACGAGCGAUAGGCUGACAAUGAAGGUGCUGGCCUUCGACCACUUGAUGCCCAUGCCAGUGGAUGUCCACCGUGGUCGUCUGCAUGCGGCUGGAAGAGUGGAGGUCAUUCCGGCCGUACUGGAUAAGUUGACGGGAGCGACGGUAAAGAAGAACCCCAGGAUCGUGCAGCCAGGCAAGGUUGCGCGGGUCGUUGUCAAGCUUGACUCGAAAGUGCCGUUGGAGGCUGGGCAGCGAGUUGUGCUGCGCAGUGGCGGCGAGACAAUCGCGGCAGGGCUGUUGGAAUGAAACGGUGCAGAAUCGAAAGAAGCAACGUGACGCGAGUUCGUAUAUAGCAGGUGGUGGGCACUUGACGACCGAAACGAGAUAUUCCCAUGCAUGGCGUGCGAGUUAGGUUACGAGAGGCGGCGCUGGCAUUGAGGCUCGAUUAGAGUUGGGGUCAGUUGGGUGUGCUGAAAAUAGAGUUGGCUGCAACUCUAGUUGAAGCGCAGCCAAUGGGGGCGUGCCUAAUUGAUAACUUAGAGAUUCGUAGAUGCGAAAUGAACAGUUUCCGAGCACCACGGAUCCUUGAUUAUGCUUGUGCUAUUUUGCGA